UCUUGACACUAUUCUUCUGCUGACUGUAUGCAUCAUCAAAAGAGCAAAAACUUUGUUGAAAACAGGGCAGGUGAAAAAAGUGUAGGGCAAUUGUUUAGUUCCACGUAGCCGUCCAAUAUACAAUCCCACCAACACCUUCCAGAGAGCUCCCUGGUGGUGCCCCAUUUGGAUUUAAUUAUAUCCGAAUUUGCCUUUCCGAGUCAAGCCAGUAGUUUCCUCCUUGUUUCGUUGCUACAGUAGCUAGGCUGCUUGCUACUGCUACUUAAACUGCUUCCUUUUCCUUGUUGCAUCCAGACUUUCUCUCUGCUUCUGGUUUCAAACAGCUGAGUCAGUACAAAAAUGGCUUCCCUGUUGAAAGAGCUACCUUCCAUGUCCACGCUUCUUGCUGCCUAUGCUUCCUUCUCGGCCAUGGCCAUGCUAAUCCGCACCGUAUUGAAUGAAAUGAUCCCGAAACCGUUGCAGAAGUUUAUUACCUCAAAGUUCUCUGACCUGAUAUCCAAUCACUUCUCCACUAACUUCACCUUCAUCAUUGAGGAACGGUGGCAUGCUGUUUAUAAUGAAACGUUUCGGGCUAUUGAGGUCUACCUCCCAACCAGGAUCGGCCCUAGAACUGACAAACUUGUCAUAGGGUCCAACGACCCCAAUAACCUGACGGCCCUACCGAAACGAAGCAUCCCUGCUGACUGCAAGAUCAUUGAUGAAUUUGAGGGCAUGACCUUGGAGUGGACUCUGCAUGUAAGGGAAUCGGAUAAGUACUAUAUCCCUGAUAGAAAAUGCUUUCACUUGACCUGCAAGAAACGAGUUAGAGAAAAAGUUGAGGAAAAGUAUCUCCGCCACAUAGCAGAGACGGCUCAAAAAAUCCUGAGCAAGCGAGAAAAGCUCAACAUCCACACCUACAACCAAGAUCGUUCCAGGUGGGAAUCCGCCAUUUUCAAGCAUCCAGCAAGGUUUGAUACAUUGGCCAUGGAGCCAGAGCUUAAGCAAUUCAUAAUGGAUGAUCUCGACUCGUUCGUGGGACGCAAAGAUUUCUUUGAAAAUGUUGGCAGGGCUUGGAAACGCGGCUACCUUUUGUAUGGUCCUCCAGGGACAGGAAAAUCAUCACUAGUUGCAGCAAUCGCGAAUCACAUGAGCUACCAUGUAUAUGAUCUCCAGUUCCAAAGUGUUCGAAAUGACGCUGAGCUCAGGCGAAUACUCACCUCCACCACAAACCGCUCUAUUCUGCUCAUCGAGGACAUAGAUUGCAGCACAAAAAUAUCUGAAGAUCGUGGCAAGGUUAAAGAUGAGAAACAGAAGGAAGGUGAAGAUGGGCGACUCAAUCGUCCUUCCUCUAUUGAUCCUGGGGUAACAUUAUCAGGGCUACUGAAUUUCAUUGAUGGACUGUGGUCUAGCUGUGGGAAUGAGAGAAUCAUCAUCUUCACGACAAAUCACAAAGAUAAGUUAGAUCCAGCCCUGUUGCGUCCAGGGCGCAUGGAUGUGCACAUUCACAUGGGCUACUGCACUCCUCCAGGGUUCAGAAAACUUGCUGCUACAUAUCUCGGAAUCAAGGAUGACAAACUGUUUACCUGCAUCGAUGAUCUUCUGAAAAGUGUUGAAGUUACCCCAGCAGAAGUAGCACAACAACUGAUGAUCAAAAGCGAUGAGCCUGAAGCUGCGCUCCAAUGUCUCAUCGAUUUCCUUAACAUGAAAAAGGAUAAAGUUGGGGAAGAUGUGACUCAAGCGGGUGAAAAUGAGAAGAAGGAUGGUGGAGAUGGUGUGACUCAAGCAAAGGAAGCAAAGGAUGAGAAUGAGAAGAAGGAUGCUGGAAAACAGAGCAGGAAGCAUGAUGAAACUGAAACUCGUUCCAUAUAUCUCACUUAGGUAAUUGUUUGUAUUUUCAAUCAAUAGUUACUAGUGGGAUUUGUCAUGAAUCUUAGGUUUGAUUGGAUGCAUGGGACAGAAAUUUCAGACCCAAUACUAGUGUUGUUUCAGCAAAACAACAAGGAAGUAGACAUUAUUAUAAGUGUUUAUUGGUCAGAUUUGAGUCUAAUUUUCUGUUCUAUUAA